GAUUACGCCAUAUGGACUGGAGAUGUUCCUCCACACAAUAUUUGGAAUCAGUCACGGGCAGAUCAGGUGAAGUGUUUGAAUGGUUGCUUAAUUGUCAACAACUUACGUUUCCACACCCAUUCAGUUUCAUUCCUUUCCACGAUGAGAAAAAAAUUAAUAGACCUUUUUACUGAUAUGGUGGCCAUGUUGAAUUAAUUGGAUUUUAGGAGUACUAUGGGAUGCCCAGGGGGGCAUGAGCACGAUCCGAUAUACUUGCAUCAGUAUUUACGCGUGCUUUUCGGGCCAGUUUUUCUUUAAGUUUUCCUAAAAAAAGAUUGUAAUAGGAAAAAAAGAUCAUUGUGCCCUGUUUGGAUGUAAAAAUGAUCGCCUUUUUCGCGAGAAAUAUACAGUAUGUCAUUUCUUUUCUCUUUGGUGGAAAGAGUAAAAGAACCCAUCUGAGGCAUUUUUGCAUGUUUUCUAUCUGCAGAUAGCAGCUUUGGACUAUGCCAACAAACUGAUUGUAAAAUACCUUCCAGGAUUGAAAGUGUUUCCUGCAGUUGGAAAUCAUGAGGGUGCUCCAGUUAACAGGUUGAUCAAAUUUAUUCAUUGGCAAUAUUUUUAAUAAUUUAUUGUUAAUAAUAUAAAACUAUAUAUUAAGGUGACAAAACUUUGCAAACUUAGUUCAACUGAUAGUGGUUUUAGUUAUUCAACCAGUGUGCUGGUUUUGUUUUGGAAUUUAUUUGGAGAAACAUUGCAACCACUGUUUCCUGAACAAAUGGACCAAGCUGUGUAUGAGGGUAUCAAACUUAGUGAGCAUUGUCUGAAGGCAUCUGCAGGUUCAGAUGCAGUGAUCUCAAUACCGAUCAAAACUUUAGAACAUUAAAAUAAUGUUAAUUUUGAUAGAUAAUAAUAUUAUUGUGAACUUAUUGCCAUUCAGUUUGCAUUGGCUAUACAUCAACAUACUGUUAUACAUGACAGGCUCCAGUUAAAAUGUAUACCCAUCUAAGAAACACAUGAUGAGUAAGUUAAUUAAUGAGUGAUGUUUAUUUCAUAUUAUUGUGUUUUACACACAGCUUUCCGCCGCCAUUCGUCACAGGCCCCGAUUCAAAUCAGUGGUUACGCAACUCUUUAGCAGACCACUGGAAGAUCUGGUUACCAGAUUAUGCCUUGCCUACAAUUUACAAGUGAGUGUGCAUCGCAUAAGAAUUAUUAUUGGUUAUUUCUUAAUAAUUAUUAAGUUGUUAGGAGAUCUAUAACACAUAAAAUAUUAUUAUUAAUAUUAUUUUUUAGCAUCCUUCAAUGCAAGCAAUAAUAUUAUUGUUAUUAAUACAGUCAUAUGAAGCUGAAUAGGCUAAAAAUUAUAAUCAAUAAUUUUAUUAUUAUUCUUUGUGUUAACCACAAGUAGGCCAACAACCCCUGGUUAAAUUUUUGUAUGUUGUUUCUUGAUUUCAGAGGAAGUUACUAUACAGUGUUGUUGUCCAAAGGAUUUAGACUAGUGUCCCUCAACAUGAAUUACUGUAACAACAUGAACUGGUGAGAAAAUAUACAUAUAUACUAUUAAAAAUUUUUGGUCCUUAACCUAAGGGUUAAUUUUCUUAAGCAAUAAAUGUUCCUAAGUAACAGUUGAAAACAUCCUGAUCCUUUUAAGAAUUAUUACAUUUUUGUUGGUGCAGGUUAGCAUGGAUUAUACCAGUAUUGAAAGAAACUGCACGCUUUAAGUACCAUUAUAAUAUUUAUCGUAUCACAUGUUCUGAAAUGAUAGCGUACAGAGACAACUAAGUAAUUAAGUAAGGUCAAUUUAAUUUGAGCUAAACUGCUACUGAGUAAGCUAAGUUGGAAGAGCUCCGGUCUCCUGAGUUGAGAGUUGUGGGUUCAUAAGGUAUGUCUGUGAUAAGGCCAAUAACCAGGGUUAUUUAUAAAGAAAAGUGGUUGUUAUUGGCUUCGAUUCAAGACCUUGUCUUAGUUCCAAUGAUGAUUGGUGUUGUCUCCCUCAUUCAUCCAUAUCAAUUCAAAAGGGGGCUCAACAUACACUCUGUACUUCUUGUUUGUACUGCUGUGCAAUAACCCUUUAAGUCCCAAUAGUGACUAACAUCAAUUUUCUCCUAACGAAAUCCAUACAUUGUCAAGAGAUAAGUUAUGAGAAUUAAUACGAUGAUCACCAACUAAUUCUUUAAGGAAAUGUAUAGAGAUCAGUCAGGAGAAUUUGUAUGUGGAUACUGGGGCUUAAAGGGAUAAGAGUAGGGGUGUUCUGACAUUCUUGAGGGGAAGGCCAUGGGCAGGGACUGUUCCAGGUUGGGGGUAAAUAACAACAACAACAACAACAACAAAUAUUUACUUAUUAAGAGAUUGGCAUAUAAUAAAGAGCAAAAACUAGUGUCCACUCCACUUCAGUGCAAAUUGCUGUUCAUGGUAGUAACUAUUGCUCUAGUGUAGCAAUUAGCUAGAUGCAUGUAAAAGAAUGACAUUCCUGCUUAGCUCUAGCUAGCUGAAUUUGUGGUAAAUUAUUUCUUAAUGUUUAUGUUAGUGCUGAUGUUUCAUGUUAGGUGGCUUUUAAUAAACAAUACUGAUCCAGCUCAACAGCUCCAGUGGCUGACAGAUACCUUACAGGAAGCAGAAGACAAUGGGGAAAAGGUUUGUUUACUUCUUAUUUCAGCAUUAUUUUCAAUUUUUCUUACUGUAGCCCAUAAUUGGCAUUUGAAAAACUACUUGACCAAUAUUCUGACUGCUAGGCCAGCAUGUAGGAGCAACAUGGCUUUCAUCUGCAACAUCACAUUCAUCCCUUACAACUGUGGGGAUUAUUGGAGCUCUGCACAAGCAAAACAGAGCUAAGAGCUUGGGAGAAGAUUUUACAAGCAAAUUAAGUACCAGUACACCUGUAAAUUAACAUCUACCAUGUGAGAUUAUCUAAUCAAUUCCAACUAUACAAUCUGCUGGUAAAGGUAAGGCGCCUAAGUCCCAAGUGGCCAAAGCUUAAUUAUCCCGGUUUCCUUAGCAUGAAGCAUGCCUAGGAUUAUUGCUACUCCCCCCUGGAUGGGGCAGUAUGUCAUUGGUACACAUUUAUGAGGAAGAGAGGUUGAAGAGUCUAGACAAAGUGGAGUAAAGUUCCUCCUCGAAGGAAACAGUGCAAAUGCAAUCUGCUGGGAGGGCGUCAAAAUUGUUUACCAGGAACUCAGACAUGGAUGUUAAAAGAAAAGUCAAGGAUUAAUUCAUCCUUGACAAAGGCCAGCAUCCAGGUUAAAGCUAAUAUGGGAGCUGCAAAAUAAACUACAUGGAAAAUUGGAAUCCACUGUCUGUAAUGCUCUAUGUAAUCCAUAAUAAUUAUGUGAACUUAUGCUGCCAAUUCUUGUAUUGUGAACAGGUUCAUAUUAUUGGCCACAUUUUGCCUGGAAGCCCAGAUUGUCUCAAGCCAUGGAGCUGGAAUUAUUACAAGAUAGUGAACCGUUACCAGAGCACUGUAACAGCACAGUUCUUUGCCCACACCCAUGCUGAUGAGUUUGAGAUCUUUUAUGAUGAAAAGACUAGGAAAAUUCCCACAAAGUAAGAACAAAAGCACGUUUACAAUAAGCUUUGCUCCUUCACCUGUUCUACUGUACUUAUACUCGUGAUCAAACUUGAAAACGGUCAUAAUGUGAUGUCUGAUGCAAUGUGGGAAUUGACUUGCUGAAUGUUGUUAUUGCAGCUAUACCUGACUCAGUUUAAUUUGCCCUUACCAAUACUGUGUCUGGUAGAUUUGUUAUUUUACCAUGAAAUUAAAAUCAAACUGACAUCCACUGUCUUCCAUCAAGGGAAAACCUAGUAUAUAUUUCAAUGAAUCAUACUUCCUAGCCUUCCAUUAAUAUGGAGCUUAUUUAAGUUACCUGUAAGUACUCGGUCAGAAAGGAAGUAAAGACACGUAUAUUUUUUCUGCUGUACAUUUCUCAUUACUCUUUUUGUGCUGUUCAUUUUUUUCUGUUACAUUUCUCAUGUAUUCACCGUGCAGAAGUACUUUUACCCGUCAUACUAUGUCAUCAAUAAAAAAUGUGCUAAAGAUUUCCCAAGCAAAAUUGUGAUUUAGUAGUUAGAACGUAGUCCAGAUUUGUGUAUCUACAUGUAUAUGUCCUCACAAAGCUGUACAGUGUAGUUUCAAUAUUAUUGUUUCUUUUUAUGUUUUUCUACAGUUCAAUCUGAUUUUUUUUUUACUUUUGAUUCAACAGUAUGUCCAAACAGUCUAUUAUCAAUAUUUUUUAGUGAAAAUGCCUAAAGUCAUGUUACCUUGCCCCAUCACCUAAUGUGUUACCCAGAAUCAUUUCCCUUUUAUUCAAUUGUGCAUAAACUUGAUUGAGAACUAGUGGUCGUGGUAAUAGGUAACAUUUUUAAACUGUCAAUAUGUUUCUGUGUUAAUAUAAAUUAUGCUGAUGAUUGAAUGACUGGUAUAGUCACAGCAAGUUAAGUAACAUAGUUAUUUUGUUUUUGUUUCCAGCAUAGCUUUUAUUGGACCAAGUGUUACAACGUACCAAACCCACAAUCCUGGAUACAGAAUAUAUGAAGUGGAUGGAGAUUAUGCCAACAGCUCUAGGGUACCUGUACACAGUAGAUUGUUCUGUGAAAUUAAUGGCAUGUGCAUUGUAAAGUAAUGAGGCCUAAGACUAAGACUCAGACUAAGUGAUUGUAACUGUAACUCUAAAACACAGUUUCUUUGUCUGUUGUCAAUAAACUCUCGUUGUGUGCUAUAGGUUGUCCUAAAUCAUAAAACAUACAUCCUGGACCUAGUGGAGGCAAAUAAGGGAAAUGUACAGUGGAAACUGGAGUAUAAUGCCAAGGUAAUAUUGAUGCUAUAAUUUAUUGUUUCCUUGAACAUCCACCUUGAAUGAGGUUAGUUAAGUGAGGGGAUGGGAAGGGAAGUGCUUAUUAUUGCUAGUUUUGACAAAGGGGAGGCUGCUUAUUACACAGAGUUAGAGGGGUGGGGAGCUUAUUUUGGGCAAUAAGGGCAGUGGUCCUUGUAUUUUGCAUACACAGGCUAAUAAUUAGUCCUGGGUCAACUUAUUAGGUUUUUGGAUAUACAGCCAGUAAUAUUUGAGUUUACUUCCUAGAGCAAAAGAAACAUGUCUAACACAUGAGAAAAAGGUCAGCUUGAUAUAUGCAUGUACAUGAUUACUCCUUUAGCCUUACUAGUUUACUUUUCAACUCCCACUUUAAACAUUUUUGUGACUCAUUCAUAUUGACUCGAGUUCUUACUUGUGCAUUUAGGAAGCUUAUGAUAUGCCCUCACUUUUACCUGAAGACUGGAACAACCUCGUUCAUCGCUUUGCAGCUAAUAAGACUCUCUUUGACACAUUCUACAAGUAA